AUGGUGCAUCUGAUCCUGACCGGCGGCACGGGCCUCGUGGGGUCAGCGGUGCUCUCUCACAUCCUCAGCCUCCCGGGCGGACUGGUCGGCACCAGCAGCAUGCUCUCCACGAAGAGCGGCACACCCCAAACGAUAUCGAAAGUCACCAUCCUCACGCGCUCGCCGAACAUCCCGCUGCUCAGCAGCACACCCCCGCCAGGCACGCCGCAUGCCAACACGGCCACGAAAAUCGAGGUCGUCACGCACAAGGACUUUUCGCAGUAUGACGGCGAAGUCCUCGCGAAGCUGCGCGGCGCCGAUGCAUGUAUCUGGGCGUUGGGCGUGAGCCAGAACGACGUCGACGAGGCCGCGUACGUGGCGAUCACGAAGGACUACGCGCUGGCCGCGGCCAAGGCGUUCUCAAGCCUGAGGGGCGCUGACACCGACAGCGACACGAGCAGCAGCGCAGGCUCUCGCGAGAUGAAGAAGCUCGCGGCCGGUGCCUCUGCCGCCGCGCAGGACUACUCGCGGAAAUUCAAAUUCAUCUACAUCUCCGGCGAGGGCGCGACCCAGACUCCGAAGUGGUACACGCCGCUCUUCGGCCGCGUCAAAGGCUUGACGGAACAGGCCUUGAUCUCAUUGUCCCAACAGCCCGCUUUCAGCAAGACACUGGCAGUGUAUUCAACGCGGCCAGGCGGCGUCGAUGCGCUCAAGCAGCCCUGGAUCUGGAACACGGUCAUGGGCGAGAAGCGCACGGCGUUCCAGCGCGCGUACAUGCGGCUGUUGCUCCCGCCGAUUGCGCUGCUGUGGCCUGGUGGCCAUUCGCCGACGGCGGAGCUGGGGAAAGCCCUUGUGGAGUUGGCGGUUGAUGGGUCUAGAGACGCGUUUGAUAUCAAGGAGGCGGGCGUUAGUGGGGAGGGUUGGAUUCUGGGAAAUGUGGUGCUGAGGAGGUUGGCUGGUUUGUGA